GGCUUAUGAUUAGGUCGGGAGCAAGUCAGAUCUUCCUCCAAAGCCUGGUAAUAUUUAUGUAGUCAAAAGAGAGAGAACAGAGGGAGAGAGGGAGAGAGGGAGAGAGAGAGAGAGAGAGAACCGGGAGGAGGGGAUAAGGAAAUUAAACCCUUUAAGUCAAUGCAUAUUGUGGUGACACCGGCACAGGAGCCCUCACGGUGGAGUCGGCCAGGGCUGUGCGUUCCCAAAAUAUGACCAGGGGUGCUUGGAUGUGUCGGCAGUAUGACGACGGCUUAAAAAUCUGGUUGGCAGCACCCCGGGAGAACGAGAAACCGUUCAUCGAUUCAGAGAGGGCUCAGAAAUGGCGACUGUCUCUGGCAUCUCUCUUGUUUUUCACAGUCCUGCUCUCUGAUCACUUGUGGUUCUGCGCCGAGGCCAAGCUGACCCGGACCCGGGACAAGGAGCAGCAGCAGCAGCAGCAGCAGCGGCAGCAGCAGCAGCGGCGGCAGCAGCAGCAGCGGCAGCGGCAGCAGGAGCCCUCCUGGCCCGCGCUCCUGGCGAGCAUGGGGGAGCCCUCGCCCGCCGCCCAGGCACACAGACUCCUCUCCGCCUCCUCGUCCCCCACCCUGCCCCCCUCCCCGGGAGACGGCGGCGGCGGCAAGGGCAACCGAGGCAAAAACAACCGGAGCAAGGCUCUUUUUCUAGGAAACUCUGCCAAACCCGUGUGGCGCCUGGAGACGUGUUACCCCCAGGGCGCCUCCUCGGGCCAGUGCUUCACGGUGGAGAGUGCGGACGCCGUGUGCGCCAGGAACUGGAGUCGGGGGGUGGCGGCCUCGGGGGAGGAGCAGCAGGUGAGGGGGACGCAUCCAACUCCGCUCUGGAACUUGUCGGAUUUUUACCUUUCGUUUUGUAAUUCCUACACACUUUGGGAGUUGUUCUCGGGAUUGUCCAGUCCCAACACUUUGAACUGCAGUCUGGAUGUGGUGCUCGAGGAGGGCGGCGAGAUGACCACUUGCAGGCAGUGCGUCGAGGCUUACCAAGACUACGACCACCACGCGCAGGAGAAAUACGAAGAGUUUGAAAGUGUGCUCCAUAAAUACUUACAGUCGGAGGAGUACUCGGUGAAAUCGUGUCCUGAGGACUGUAAGAUUGUCUACAAAGCCUGGCUGUGUUCCCAGUACUUUGAAGUCGCUCAGUUUAACUGCAGAAAGACAAUUCCUUGCAAGCAAUACUGUUUGGAGGUUCAGACGAGGUGUCCGUUUAUUUUACCCGACAACGAUGAAGUCAUCUACGGGGGACUCUCCAGCUUCAUCUGUACAGGGCUCUACGAAACCUUUCUCAGCGCCGAGGACCCCGCGUGCUGCGACGUCCGGAGAGAGGAGCGCCCGAGCCAGCCCCCGCCAGGGACGCGGGGCCCCGGCAGCCCCCGGCACAGGACGUCGCUCGCGGCGUCGGCGGCGGGCAGGGCGGGCGCCGGCAGACUGAGGCUGUGCGUGCUCGUGCUCGUGCUGCUGCACACCGUGCUGGCGGCCUCCGCGGCGCACAACGGCACGGCGCCCGGCUGCGGCGGCGCGCACGCACUGCCCGGGCCCUCGCCGCGCGACGAGUAG